AUUCCUUCCAAUGCUUGCAAGGGUGAGAUAUACUUGAUUUUCCUUAGAAAAUAAGCAGAAAUCAUCUUAUCAUUUCAUAACUGCUGAUUUACUUCAGGGGGUUAUGACUAACCGAUCUUCAUAGAAAGUGUCGAGGAAUAAACUACCUGUGAACAGAAUAUGACCUACCCCCACCCUAAUUUGACCAUGGAGGUAGGUACUUUUGCCAAUUUUACAUGGGCACAGAUAGUACAGAAACAUUGCAGUUUCAAACUUUCGAAGGAGUUAGUGGGUGAAAUUCCUAAUGGAUAUUAGAGAUAACAAUAAUUAUAUCCAUAAUCCUUCAGAUAUCCAAAGGCAAUCUUCGUUGGAAGAAACUAGAAACGCAAAUAUUCCCUCCUACGACGCACCCACGAUGCAAUCGUCAACUUUGAUUUCCCAUAAUGAGCCUUUUCAAGACUCAAAUCUUGUUUCUCGAUUGACAGAACCAUCAACAUCCGCAUCGACAGAUCAUGAGUCUGACAACCUCGUUACAAAAACUUCGCAUAAACCUGUGAGAGAAAAAAGUGAAAUCGAAAUAGAACCAAUGACGUAUAUGGAUUCAAUAUUCGCUCGAUAUAAACGACUUAUGGGACAUAAACGCAUAUCAGGAUCGUCAGUGAAGCAAUGUUGGAUAGUCCUAGAUGGAGUUUUAACGCCUCUUAGUAAGUGUUCACUAAGCUGUCAGUUCCACAAGAUGACAAAAUGUUCUGUAGUGUCCAAAAUUGCAUUCGACGGCCACCUAGAAGACAUAAGGAAGCCCAUAGGUAGAUUUAAGGGACUAUCGAGAAUACCAACUUUUUUUAAUAAGGUUGAGAAUUUGAGCAAAGUGUUGACUAGUGCUAUUAAUGAACACAAAGAUGUUAGCAGUGGAUCUCCAGACCUGACAAAGAAGAUGGGAGAGUUGGAAAUACAAGAUACUACUAUGGAUACAAACUGAGAUUUUUAAAUAUUUCACGUACCUAUAUAAGAAUUUUUGAUUAAUGAACAAGUCUGUUCGAAUUAGAAUGAAAAUCUCAUCUGUAAUGUUUUUUUGCGAUAAUGAUAACUUUGAUCCUUUAUUGUUUACUUUAAAAUUUUUCUCGUUUAACUGUAUAUUUGUAAUAUAAUUUUGAAACAGUGAAAA